AAUUCUGGCUCAAAUUUUGAAAUGGUUAAAAAAAAGGAAAAAAUCUCUGAAGUAUCUUCUUCGCCACCUCCUUCCUCAGUUCCUUCGUUCUGCCGUCUCUGUUUGGAUCGCGAAUUUGUCCCUCUUUCACUUUGUUCUUCUUCUGCAUAUCAGUGUUCUGUCAUCGGAGUCACCAUUGUAUUGGAGCCACCAUUGCUGAUGAAAUUUCUGAAAUCGUCGUGGGUCGAUCUCAAUUGGAUGUUGAAGUAGUUAAUUAUGAAAUCUUGGGAGGUCUGGGUUCAAUUGAAUUUUGAAGAUGUCAAAGAAGCGAAACUGAAAGAGUCGAGCUCAAAAUUAACCUCAACCCCCAAGGUAUAUUCCCUACAAAACCUUGUUAAAAACUAUAUCUAUAUAUCAAGAAUUCUGCACCUGUCUAAUAAGAGGAUUACUUGUCU